CAUCGCUCAUCAAUGGCAUCACUAUUCAUCAUGUCCCUGUUUAGGGCGCUCUAAGAGCCGUGCGGAGAGCGCAUGUCGAAUGAUAUCGAGGACAUGAUCGGACAUGCCAGCGUCACCUCUUCCCUCGUGACCAGUUCUGGUAAGUAUUGCUCCAAGUACAAACAUAUGCGGGAUGUGUUCAUGACCGCGAGUCCGAGACACGAUCGGACAUAUGGCUACGGCGCUGGAGUGGGGACGUCGAGAUGACUCUUAGAUGCAGAAGGCGAGCUAACGUCGAAUAGGAAUUAAUAGUAGACUCACGGUCCCGGCGAGCGCUUUCGAGACGCGGGAUGCUGAAACACUGCCUCGAGGGGGCGCUCGUCGUUGGGGGCCGACAUGCCGUGGUGCGAGAUGCCGCUGUGCCAGCGCUAUUGACGUUUGCAUGCACGUUUGCAACUCAAUGGUGUCAGUGUCUGCCACACUGAUGCCCCCUGAGUUUUCGGAGGCCAGCCUCCCCCCGCGUCUUCCGUUCCAACGGAAAAGUCCUGGCACUAACCCCCAAUGGCCUCAGCUCAGGUUGACGUACGGAGAACGGUGAUCGCCUCACUGGAUUGGGCGGGAUGGCCCGUGCGCGGGAGCGACGCGAAGAGUGGAAGGUUACUGACGCGGUUCUGUGGACGGCGCAGGGAAGUGGGAAAUGGGGAAGCGGAGACGCGAUCAGCGCCCUCCUCGUCCUGCCCCUCCUCUCCCUCGCCUCCGCCUCCGCCGUUAACCAUCGUGCACCCGAGGCCAAACAGGAGCACGAUAUCGGAUGCUCGGACGCGUCGCGCACCCUCCCUGGCACUUGGUACCAGCCCCUCGACCACUUUGCCCAUUCCCUCUUCCGGCGUCAAACGACCAACGCGACCAACUCGACCAGUCCUGCAGGUUUCCCGCCAGUCGGCUCUCCAACAUGGACAGCGGCCUAUCCAUCAGACACGCCCGACUCCACCAAGAUGCCCCAGGCAUGGAAGGAUGCCCUCAACGCGGCUGUCCAGGCUGGCAAGAUCCCGAACAUCCCUCUCGGGCAUCAGACGAGCUCCGGUUCUAACCCCACCUACGGAAGCCUUGAUCCCAACGGCCCCGAGGUCUGCUCUGGGACUUAUCAAUGUCGUAUACCCGGUCAGAUUUGGGAUGCCCCAGCUGGCACGCUUGGUCUGUCCUUCGAUGAUGGUCCUCUACCUCCAUCAGAUCGGUUGUACGCCUUUUUGAAACAGAACAAUCUGCAUGCAACCCAUUUUUUCAUCGGGGAGAACAUCCUCCAGUACUGGAAGGAGUUCCUGCUCGCGUUCGAGACCAAUCAAGAUGACAUCGCCGUGCACACGUAUACCCACCCAUAUAUGACCACGCUCUCGAACGAGGACGUUGUUGCCCAGCUUGGCUGGACGAUGCAGAUCAUCUACGACUCGACGGGCGGCCGCCUCGCAGGGUAUUGGCGCCCCCCAUAUGGCGACACCGACACUCGCGUCACCGCUAUUGCGAAAGAGGUGUUCGGACUUACCACCGUUGUCUGGAACCAGGACACCGAAGAUUGGAGCAUCGGUGAGGCACACGGGACGACUCCGGCGGCAAUCCAGAAAAACUUCCAGACAUGGCUCGCCGGUCCCAAGAGUCCCGGCUUGAUCAUCCUUGAGCACGAGCUCAUGAACAGCACGGUGCAGGCGUUCAUGGACGGUUUCCCGCUCAUGACGCAAAACAACUGGUCGAUCGUCUCCGUUGCGCAGCUCAAUAACAGCAACGCCUACCAGAACUCAAAGAACUCGACCAACCCCGUCCUCUCUGCGGUCCUCACCGCUGGAGGGGGCAACCGUGCUGGCCUUCCGACCGCGCCCCCAACUUCCAGCGUGUUGCCUAGUACGAGCUCCGCGGCGCAGGUGUCAGCAUUGACAUCGGCGUCGAGCACGCAGAGCCUAAGUGGUGCGCAAAGGAACGCCGCGCGUGAAAUGAGGUCCCCGAUGCAGGCUAUGUUCGCCGUCAUCGCGGGUCUUUGCGUUAGCCUCUUCGUGCGCCUGUAGCCGGCGCAAGAUGGACGCCCAUUGACACUGUCCCUCUGUUCGAUGCACACGGACUGUCCUUAUCGCUAUCGAUCUCUGCGCUGUUUCGCCCUCACUCUCUCCCGUCCUUACCCUCGUCUCUCCCCCUGUUGUUAACAUAUGCUACGACCGUGACGCUUCGUGAUUUAUUCGCACUUUCGCUCACUGCUUGCUCGCGAACUUAUGCUACUUUUGCUUAUACCUUUGGACCUUAUGGCACUUCCGUCCCCAAUUUCGCCAGGACCCAUCGAUCACCAAUGUCUUCCGUUCUUUGCUUUUUCUGCUGCUCCUCCUGUUGUCGUUGUUUUGACAUUGUGACGCAUCCCCCUGGACUUUUCUUCUCGAAGUUGCGGUUUCCAAAAUCAAUCGUAAUACCCUUUGGACUUUGCGGUCUACCAGUAUCUCACAGAUGGAGCAUCUCAAACGUGUGGACCGAAUAGAAGAGGUUCGAAGUAUUUUGAA